AUGGCAAUGGCGCAAACCCAAGUCCAAACACUCCCUACGCCUAUCAUCGACGUUUCCAUACCCCCUUCCUCCAUAUCUCUGCCGAAUGACCCCAAUUCGCGGAUGCGCAGUCGUCUCGCGCUGGACACUUAUUCUUCGCCCGUGAACCAGAACGGCAGCUUCGAGUUUGACCGCGUUGUCAAAAGCGGUUACCUGCAGAAACGCACCCAGAAGACAAAGGCCUGGAAGUCAAUCUACCUUGUCCUGCGUCCUACCUCACUCUCCAUCUACAGAUCCGAUAAGGAGGACAAGCUGCGACACAAGCUAUACCUCGCCGACUUAACGGCUGUUGCCCUUUUGAAAGAUCCCAAAAAUAAGAGAAAGAACGUUUUUGGCAUAUUCUCCCCGGCUAAAAACUACCACCUCCAGGCUAGCAGUGGCAAUGACGCAGAGAAGUGGGUAGAACUGAUCAGGAACCAUGCGCGUAUUGAAGAAGAGGACGGUGAGCUCCUGCUUGCUAGUCCCAUUGGUGGUCGCCGACAAUCCUACAUGGCAGCACCAAGUAGUUCUGGGCAGGGUGCGGAAACUACCAGACCCGAGAGGCUGGCAUCUAGCUCACCAGAACCAUUGGAGCCCCCGGUACCACGAUUUGUCGGCUCGGACCGUCGCCGCCCUUCGCAGAUGGCGGAUUCAGCAGGCUACUCUGGCAACGAGUUGGCGUCACACUCCGAUUUCUCCGAUAACGACAUUCAACGCAUUCAAGGCAUGUCUAUCGAGGAUUUGGCGGUGCAAUCUCCAGGCGACGGCGAAGGUCUGACAUCCCGGCCUAGCCUCGGGAAUCGUAACGCGAGCCAGGUCAGUGGCCUCAACUUCGACCAAGACCCGGAUCGCGUCAUUUGGCAAGGCUGGCUCUGGUUCCUCCGCAGCAAGGGCGGUGUCAGACAGUGGAAAAACCUCUGGGGUGUAUUGCGGCCGCGAAAUUUUAUUCUCUACAAGGACGAAUCCGAGUAUACGGCCCAGUUCAUCAGGCCAAUGUCAGCGAUAGUCAACGUAGUCGACAUCGACCCCGUGAGCAAGUCAAAAACGCACUGCCUCCAGCUCAUCACCGAGGAGAAGAGUUACCGAUUCUGUGCUCACGACGAGGAAUCGCUGAUUCACUGCCUGGGCGCUUUCAAAAGCCUCUUCGCCAAGAGGAGGGAGCUUGAGGUUCGUGCCGCAGCUUCAGAACCACUGCCGACGUCUGCGGCAUGA